AUAAAUAAAUAUAUCGAAGCAUACUCUGUAUGUAAAUAUUAUUUGAUAUUGCUCGUUUAUUGUCAGACUUCCAUCAUCAGUCUUUCUCGUGUAUAGUUGUGUACUAGGAAAUUUCAGAAUUCUCCUAGUAACUUCGCAAGUUAGCAAAAUAUGUAAUGCAUUUGGGAUUAUAGUAAUUGUCCUUUUUGCUCAUUUGCUUCGUGCUUCUGUUAGUGUAUCUGUCGUCGCAUUUACGCACAUACAUUCUGUCAAUUAAACAUAAUUGACGCACGACGGAAAACGAAACAUGAUAGAAUAAUCGAGAAAAAUGUGGGGCAAUUAUAGGGGCAUUUAUAAUGUAUUGUGUAUUUUGAUCUCUGCUGUUUAUGGACACGAUCUGCAACACUUUGAUGAUACAGUUACAUUCAAAAUAGAUUGGCCCGGAAAGAGCGAUACAGAAUUACUAAAACCUCACUCGAACGCUGAAUCAUAUUUUAUAACUUCAGCUAACAACGAACGAUAUAAGUGUUUAAUUCCAGGUAUAAUAGAACAGGAACAUGAUUACAGUGAAUCGUACAAUGGACCAAAUCCAAUACAACUUUUGCAACCGAUAUUUGCUCAAAACAGUUGCUCCUAUAGACUUGAGUCAUAUUGGACUUACGAAUUAUGCCAUGGUAGAUAUGUACGGCAAUAUCAUGAAGAUAGAGAAGGAAAGAAGAUUAAGAUACAGGAAUAUUACCUCGGUACUUUGGACAAGGCACAAAAAGCAAAACUUUCGGCUUAUUACGACGAACAAGCAAAAAAUCCCAACAAAAAGUUAAAUAUACCGAUCAAAAAGAUUGAUGGAAUUAAUAUGCCAUAUGUUGAAAUUGAGAUGCAUGAUGGUACAACAUGUGAUUUAAAUAACAAAGCAAGAAUCAUUAAAGUGUUGUAUGUUUGUUAUAAACAUGGUAAACAUGAUGUGUAUUCACUCAAGGAAACAAUGACUUGUGAAUACGAAGCAAUAGUGCUUUCACCAGUACUGUGCAGUCAUCCAGAUUACAAACCACAAGACACUGGAGAAAAUGAAAUUACAUGUCAACCUGUCGAUAAUGCACCAAAGAAACCAAAGUCACUUAUGUUGAUGGAACUGGAAAGUAUAAAAACGCGACAUCAACAACAAGUGAGGGAUGACAAGCAGCAGAAAGUGUAUGCAAUCAUCCGUGUAGAUAAGGAGGGCCAGGAUGGCGAGCCAAGAGUAAGGGUUGAGAUACAUCCACUGGAUGUUAUGGAUAAGCAGGGCAAUGGUGAUGAAUCUAUCAGUGCAAUGAGUGAUCAGAAUAUUAGUCCUGCCGAAGUUAGUCCUGUUCAGAGUUUCCUCAGUGGAAAGAAUUGCUUACAUGGGGGUAAUGGCUGGUGGAAGUAUGAAUUCUGUUAUGGCCGUUCUGUUGUACAAUAUCACAUAGAAAGAGAUGGUACGAAAACAAUCGUCAAUCUCGGUAGAUUUGACAAACAGAAGCAUUUAGAGUGGAUUGCCGCACAUCCACACAAGAAACCCAAACCGUUAGAGUUAAGAAAACACCUCUCACACUUUUAUAGUGAUGGAAGUAGCUGCGAUAAGACUGGAGCUUCUAGGCAAACUGAAGUAAAAUUGAAAUGUGUGGAGAACCAUACUGCAAGCGCAUCUAGUGUAUCAUUAUUUUUAUUGGAACCCAAAACAUGUGAAUAUGUUCUAGGAGUUGAAUCACCAUUGAUCUGUGAUAUCUUAGAAUAUGCCGAUGAAAAUGGACUUUUAAGUGAAAAGUUUCAAGCAAAUUUCGAUAAAUUGAAAUCUACAGCCUUGCAUUCAGAACAAGAUAAUUUAGAUGAGCGAAUAGCUAAUGGAGACGAUUAGAGCAAUCAAUUUGUUUUCUCGAUGUCGAUUAAAUUAUCAAAACGUUUGUUAUAAAUAUAAAAAUUUAUUGUUUAUUGAGUAAUAAAAAAUUGUAUUACAUAAAACAAUUGCAUUAAUAUGAAAUCGAAAUUAAUUAAAUUAUAUGUAUGCGUUUAAUGUGCUGGUAAAAAGACUUUCAUUCCAAACUAUCUAACAAUAUAAAUAUUUAAUAAUUACCACGUGUAAAUGCUCUUCUAUUAUGUAAAGCAAGUGCAUAUCAAAAGGCAUUAAUAGCAUUCUAGCGUAUGUGCUUAUAACGCGUGUAUCAAAAUGAGCCAAACAAUUUGUUGGAAAAUAUUGAAUUUUUUUCAGACUAAAUAAAAGAGACCAAAUUAAUACAGGAUACGCGUAAGUUAAUGGAAACUUUAUUUCGGCUUGUUUUCUCUAUCCGAAUGAUAUCGAUAAGAAAUAAAAACUUGUAAUAAGGCAAUAUUUCUGUGAGAAUGUUCAGAAUUUGCAUCAUACAGUAUUGUAAUCCUGGUUACAGUUAUAAACGACAUCGCAUUAGCCGAUAUUCAGACCGAUCCCGACACGGAACUGUUGCUUCUUGUGAUUCAAGAAGCCGCUUAUGAUUAACGAAGCCUCGGGAAUUGGAUAUAAUUUCUUUUCAAACACGGCACCCAGGCUGGUCUCCGAAUUGACGAAUCCUCGACAGAUGAAGCCUGCGUAAGGGAUGUCGACACGAUACGCUAUCGUGCCAAUGGACUCGUGAAUACGGGUAUUUGUCUCUAACUCAACGCCGAGCUGCAGCUGCUCGCUCGCCUUCCGAUGAUAACAAACAUGAAUGCCUGCCUCACCGAAGGUGGCAGAUAAUGUCGUGGGACCGGUGCUGUGCCGGAACGCAGCGCACAUCAAUGUCUGCUGACCUCCUGGUAUCAGGGAACCCCGUAGAUGGGCGAUCUCUGUACCCAGAGUUAUUCGCGGCGUGAUAGCUUGUAGAUAGUGCAGCACCAACGUGCCCUGCAACCUGGUCAGAUCUGGAUUCGCCAGGGUCAUCGCUAUCGUGCAAUCGUCGGAGCGAUAUUCCAGGCCCGAACUGAAGGCCUUGCACUUCUUGUCGAUAAUCUGCGUCGCGAGUUUGAAUCUGUAUCUACAGCCCAGCGUGUGCACAAAGCUGGCGCUCAGGUUGCCACUGGGUGUGAUCUCGCCUGAGAUGAUCGGAUACUUCUCCAAGAAGCCUACCCUCUUGGUGCCGACAUAAUUCACGCCGAACUUGAGACCGUAUGGCGUCACGGAACUCAACGUCAUCCUGUACGUCACGUUGAAGUGCUUGCUUAGGGUUUUCCUCAAUAACAAGUAGGCGCCUUCGAAGUUCUGUGGAUAGAGCUCCUUGGUCUUCGCGUGAAGAUCCUCGAAACUGCUGGGAUUCCCGGGUUUCCUGUCCACUUCCUCGAAGCAGGGAACACAUGGUGGAUCUUCUAGAUUGGCGGCUGGGGUUGCAACGAACUCG